AUGGUCAAUCUGAGGUUUUAUUCGCAAGUCUUUCUCUUAUUUCCUCUUGCACUUGCUUCACCAGCAUCCACUGAUCCUGGUUACGACUGUCAACCCGGUCAAAAAUGCUGGCCGAUGCUACACGAAUGGCAACAAUUCAAUACGAGCAUCGACGGAUAUCUUCACGAAACCAUUCCCAUCGCCGCUUCAUGUUAUAAGAACUCUCCACACUAUAAUGAAGACGCCUGCAAGAUUGUCAAGAAUGAUUAUGGUGACAGUGUCACCCGCGGAGAUAGCUUUGGGCAAACCUAUUGGCUAAAUUGGGAGACCUGUCAUAAUCAAGGGUGUACACUUCUUGAGUCAAACCCCGAAGAGACAAUGUACACCAACUGCUCGAUUGGGCGGCUGGCUUCUUAUUAUGUUGAUGUUCGCAAUACGUCCCAUAUCUCUGCUACACUUCGUUUUGCGAAGACACACAAUAUUCGCAUCAGUAUCAAGAAUACCGGUCAUGAUUUCUACGGACGUUCCUCAGUGCCGAACACCCUUGCUAUCUGGACUCAUCAUCUUGAUAACUUGGGAUUCUACUCCAACUUUACUGCCAACAAUUGUCCUGCAGCAAACGGGCAGAAUAUUGGGGAACUUGGAGCUGGCGUCAUCGCAGGUGAUGCCUAUCGCUUCUUCAACGAUCAUAAUAUGGAUAUCCCCGGGGGCUAUGAGCAGUCAGUUGGUCUUGCUGGUGGUUUUGGACAAGGCGGAGGCGUUGGUUCCUUUACAACAACUUACGGCUUGAUGGCCGACAACGCGGUGGAAUUCGAGGUUGUCACAGCUGACGGUGAAGUUCGUAUCAUCAACCAGUGUAAUGAUCCAGACCUCUUCUGGGCUAUGCGGGGUGGAGGAGGGGGGACUUUUGCUAUUCUCACCAAGUACCGAAUUCAAGUCUAUCCAUCGUUACCAAUUCACACUUAUACCUUUACUGCCAAUUUUACUGGUGUCAGUUACAACACCAAUGCGACAGAGAAUGUGGCUCUCCGCGAGAUUCUCACUGCCCAUGCACGAAACCAGAUUGACUGGUCGGCCCAGCUGGUGACGGGGCAGAUUGAAUACUUCCCUGAGAAGUUCACCGUCGGGCUGGUACUGCUCUACGGGGACGAUGGCUCUAAGUUAAAAGCCGCCACUGCAUCAUUUGCCAAGUUUCUUAGUGCGAGAAAAGACCUUUCGAUUUCUGAAAAUGCCUAUAAAUAUUACGCCAACUACGCAAGUUAUCUCUCUGUGACUGCUGCCGACGCCAAAAUCACCGAGCCAUCGGGCAUCUUCUCUUUGUUGGGGUCGCGACUUAUUCCUCGCAAAGUCUUUGCCGAGUCUGAUAGUACAAGUGAGCUAGUUGAAGGUGUAUUGCAAGGUAUUGCAACUGCAAGGAGUCUUCUUAACCUUACAGGAACGCAGAUUGUCCCAGAAACACCUGUCAGUAAUCUUGACCGAAAUCAAAAAUCGGCAACCCAUCCAGCUUGGCGAGACGCACUUUGGCAUGUGAUUCAUGUCGGAGAAUGGCUAGAGCCGCUUGAGCAUGAUACACAACAAAGUGUUGCCCAUGGGUUCCUGGAAUUGUUGGACCCUUUGAAAAAAUUGAGUCCUGGAGGUGGUGCAUAUCUCAAUGAGGCGCAUUACCUGGAGCCAGAAUGGCAGGAAACUUACUUUGGGUCAAACUAUCCUAGACUUUUGGAGAUCAAGAAUCAUUAUGAUCCCACUCAUAUAUUCGAUUGCUGGAAGUGUGUUGGGUGGAGGGGGGAGAAAGAGUAA